CCCCGCAAUGGCUCUUGGGAGGUGUAGUUCCCGUGCGCAGGCGUCCCAGGCCUGAGAGGGGGCCUGAUUUAGAAGUCGCGGCUCUGGUCGGACUCGGUUUCCCAUCGUGCCUCGGGAGAGCGGCGCGGAUGGCGGAGAAGGAUGACACCGGAGUUUGACGACGAAGUGGUGUUUGAGAAUUCACCACUUUAUCAGUACUUACAGGAUUUGGGACACACUGAUUUUGAAAAAUGCUCAUCUGUGGUGCAAAAGCAAGAAGAAUGUACAGCCAAAGAGGGACAAAAAGACAUGGAUACAAGUCUCAUUCAGAAGAAAAGUACUUUGUCAAACCUAGCUGAGAGAUUUACCAGCUGGCUACUUUUUUUACCACACAAGAAAAAAGAUGAUGUGCUCCACCAGUUGGAUGUUGGUUUUCGCUCAGAGGCUCUCCACACCAUCCUGCAACAGGAAGUUCUGCUGCAGGAGGAUGUUGAACUGAUUGAGCUGCUUGACCCCAGCAUCCUGUCUGCAGGACAGCCCAAGCAACAGGAAUGUGGACAUCUUCCAACGCUACGCUCCCUAGCAACUCCUAAUAUUUGGGAUCUUUCAUUAUUGUUUGCCAUCAUCAGCACCCUGGUUAUGCUUCCUUCUUUGUGGAAUGGGUUCCUUGGACUUGUGUGGGGAAUAGGCCUGUUGGUCUACUUAAGCUUGAGAGCUUUGGACACAUUGAGGACUGCCAAGCUGCAAAUGUCUCUCAGAAAAUGUCAUCUCCAACUAGAAGAUAUAGUAGCAAAUUGCCGAGCAUUCACCAAUCUUGUGAGGAAAGCUCUACGGCUCAUUCAAGAAACUGAAGUCAUUUCCAGAGGAUUUACUCUUUUGCUUGACAGGGUCAGUGCUGCUUGCCCAUUUAAUAAAGCUGGACAACAUCCUUGUCAGCAUCUCAUGGGUCUCCGGAAAGCUGUGUACCGAUCCGUAAGAGCCAAUUUCAGAGCCUCAAGACUUGCCACCUUAUAUAUGCUGAAAAAUUACCCAUUGAAUUCUGAGAGUGACAAUGUGACAAAUUACAUCUGUGUUGUGCCUUUUAAAGAAUUGGGCCUGGGACUAAGUGAAGAACAAGUGUCAGAAGAAGCAGCACAUAAUUUUACAGAUGGCUUCAGUCUGCCUGCACUAAAGGUUCUAUUUCAGCUUUGGGUUGGGCAAAGUUCUGAGUUCUUCAGGCGGCUUGUUCUUCUGCUUUCGCCUUCCAAUGCAUCUCUCAAGACUCUGAUUACGGCAGAACGUUUGCCUCUUUCUGUCUUUUCUGAUGUGACUCAAGGCCUCCCUCACGCUCAUGCUGCUUGCUUAGAAGAACUUAAACGAAGCUAUGAGUUCUAUCGGUAUUUUGAAACACAUCACCAAUCCAGUCUGGAAAGAUCAGUCAAAACUCAACAGAAAUCAAGAGAGCUAAACCAUCUCCAAACAGCAGUGCGUAGUUUGCAACUCCAUCUAAAGGCCUUACUGAAUGAAGUAAUAAUUCUUGAAGAUGAGCUUGAAAAAUUUAUUAGUUCCAAAGAAAGUCAAGAACUAACCACAGAAGCCUAUCAGAUUGUAGAAAAAAAACUGCAACUCAUCCAGCCUCACAUGCAAGCUAGCAACAGCUGUUGGGAGGAGGCCAUUUCUCAGGUGGACAGAAUGGUUCGAAGAAACCCAGAUAGAACAGAAAAACCUGAACCAUCAUGUGAGAACAAGCACUGCACAAUACCCUUGCAACAGCCAACUCUACACAUAGAGGAUAAAGAUCCAAUCCCUGAAGAACAGGAACUUGAAGCCUAUGUUGAUGAUACAGAUAUAGACAGCGAAUAUAAAGGGGAUGACUUUUACUACUUUUCCUUGGAAGACAGAGAGAGACAAAAACGUGAAAGAGAGGAAUCGAAGAGAGUGCUGCAAGAACUAAAAUCUGUGUUAGGAUUUAAAGCUUCUGAGGCAGAAAGGCAAAAGUGGAAGCAACUUCUAUUUAGUGAUCAUGCUGCAGUGAAGCACCUGCCUAUUGCAAAAUCAGGGGAACCCAUAAAUACUUCGGAGUUGUCUCUGAAUUCAGAGUCAGAGAAACAGCAUUGUAUCCAAAACUUGGAGGAGACUGUGUAUAACCAAAAGCUAGAAGCCUCUGACAAAGAGAAAAGUAGGACGGAAUACCUAUCUGAUGGGUCUUGUGUGAAUAAUAAAAAUGACGUAGCUGCUAAUGGUAACUCACCAGAAAAAAGGACAUGUUACCAAUGCAAUGGAGAAGGUGACGAAUCUGAGCUGACAGAUGUGGACAAAAUGAACGUGUUGCAGCUAACUGACAGAGAUGUGUUACAGUCCUCCAUCAAACAACGGCUGGCUGAUCUUCAUAUAUCAACAGAUUUCAAUUUUGCAUCUGGUAUAGCAGCACAGGUUGCUGCAAAGUCACUUACCUUUGCAAACAUGCAAGAACAAACAUUUGGAAAUGAGGAAGAGGACGAGGAAGAAACACAGGAGGAUGAGGAGUUUUUUGAAAAACAUAAAGGAGAAGGAGACAACUGUAAAAAUGAAAGCUUAUAGAGUUCAACCAGGCACUGCCUUGCUUAUCUGAACACCACAAAGUUUGUGAGAUAACAAAAGAAACUCAUACAGCCAUUCAGAACUGAAACACGUAAUGGCAAAUACGGGAUAACAUGUCCUUUCAUCGUGGUAUCAAUUGGACUUCACUGGUCUUUUGAAAAAAUAUGUAUGUAUAAACAUGUAAGUAUAAACUAGACUCAAAGGGUGUAGUCUGGUUCUCACAGGCCCCAUGGAGUAAAUUUCUUUUAAUAUUUUAUUUUUAUUUAUUUAUAUUAUUAUUAUAAGGAUUUUUCCCUUAAAAGCAAACAUCUUCGUUGUCAUCUUCUAAAUGUUAUAAAUAGCAACCUUCAUUAUAAAACUUGAACUGAUUCACAAACAAGAACAUAAACAACCAUGGUGUUCUCUCUGAAGGCUUUAUUUUCUCUAUUGUAUUUGGAUUGUAUCACUUGUUUUUCUUCAUCUGAUGGUUCAUCAGGCUUAUAGCCUGGACUCUUCAGUUUAAAAAAUGAAAGCCAUAGCAAGAAUAACCUGGAAUGUUAUUUCAAACUAAUACAAAGCUGCUAAUAGGAGGUUACAAAGCAAAACUAAUAUAUUUAUUUUCUUGUAUAUGAAUAUCUGGACGAGUGAUAAUAACUUCUACCAUUAUUACAUUCACAGUGAGUUUCCUAUACUCUCAAAUCCUCCCUAGCUAGGUCUCAUAAACCACACUUUUGCACAGAGAAAUGGAGUAGAUUUUUUAAAGUCUUCUUUUCAAUGCCUUUAUCUUUUUGCUCUCUUGUGUAGAUGAUUACAGUUUUAUUUUUGAAACAGAGUAAGUGGUACUUAUGCAUUUACACACCAAAUAUACCUCUGUGAAAUUUUAUUUGGAUACUUAUUCCAUUAUUUCAUUUUCACUCUGUUCUGCAAGUAUACUUCCAUAUACAGCACUUCUCUUUCUGUUGUUAAAGAGUACAGUGUUUACUUUAGCUAUCCCAAAUAUCAACAGUGGUAUUGUAACAGCUGCUAAGUGUAGCAUCAACAACUUCUGUGUGACAUGUUGAUUUUUAGAAAUAAAUGUACAUGAAGGGGA